UUCAUCCUGGAUUUCACAAACUAAAACAAGGGAGGCUGGCAGGAGGACAGCACUGUCGGACUGAGGAAAUUGACGACGGUGAAGCAUGUGGGCAACACAUCGUAUAAAGCUCAUAAACUUGUAGGCUGAUGUGCAGCUACUAUUUUGGAUUCCUUAUUGCCGCUUCCUUCAGCAUAAAACCACAAGCCUGAACGUUAAACCUGCUCUUUGGAACUGAGCAUUUAUCACUGUGAGACAUGAAGAGCUUCCUGUUUUUCACCAUCCUCCUGGUACCAGUGCACAUCGGAACUGCUUGGAGUGCAAAAUAUGCAGUAGAUUGCCCCGAACCUUGUGACAGUAAUGUGUGUAAAAGUACUUUGCGCUGUAAGCGAACAGUGCUUGAUGACUGUGGCUGCUGCAGAGUCUGUGCAGCAGCCUUGGGGGAGACUUGCUACCGCACUGUCUCAGGUAUGGAUGGUGUCAAAUGUGGGCCUGGGCUGAAGUGCCAGUUUUACACUGAGGAGGAUGACUUUGGUGAUGAAUUUGGUAUCUGCAAAGAGUGUCCUUAUGGUACCUAUGGAAUGGAAUGCAGAAAAACUUGUAACUGCCAGUCUGGUAUAUGCGACAGAGUAACUGGAAAGUGUUUGAAGUUCCCGUUUUUCCAACUUUCUGCUUCAAAGCCACCAAACAGACGAAAAUUAAUUUCACAUACAGAGAAUGACAUGGCAUCGGGGGAUGGUAACUCUGUAAAGGAGGAAUUUGUCAAAGAGAAAGUAAUUAGCUCUCCAGUAAUGAAAUGGUUAAAUCCUCGCUGAUAUUUACUUACAUUGGUAGGACUUUCUAAUGACCGCAUUUCUCACACAUUAUUGAAUAUGCAACAACACACUUUAAAAACAAAGUACAUCUAUAGCAUAUGAAAAUGUAACCUCUGAAGACCAAUUGUGAUUGUGUGCAUCGUCAGAAAAAAUGUUUACUUACAAAAUAGACUGUACAGUUUAUAUGAUUUUUGAUACUUGUUUUGAUAAGUAUUUGAACACUAAAAUGUAUUAUGGAUUGUUGAAUGUAUAGUAAUAUUGAAAACCAACACCUCUCCCCACUGGCAUUUGAACAGUUCCUGCAUUCCCCGUGCAAGGAAAUUCCUGUUGAAUUCAAUGGAUAUUUUAUGUGAGUAAAAGCUGCUGACGUGGAGCUAACGUUAGGGUGAUGGAAGUUGACAAAAGCUUGGAAAUGCAAAGUUAAAAACUGAUGUCCUUGAGUCACACCAGCAAGAAUAAUACUAAUGUAAAGGGCACAACGGUGUGAAUUCAAUAAAUCAACUUUAACUUCGAAUAUUCUGGCUUUUGUUAGUUUUAUGACAAUUAACAAGAUGUAAACAUUACUUUAAGCCAGCGGUUCUCAAACUGUUGAUUGGGACCCCAAAGUGGGUUGCAACCCCAUUUUAAUGCAUUAGACUUGAUGGGACCCAGGGCUGAAGCCCAAACCUGAACUCCACCCCACUGGAGGCAUUGGGACUCGGGCUCUGGCCCCUUAAUCCCCCACCCAGGGUGGUGGGGCUCGGGCUCCAAUCCCCUGGCCCCUCCUUCAGUCACAUAGUAAUUUUGUUGUCAGAAGGGGGUCCUGGUCAGGGCCGGCUCCAGGCACCAGCUUGCAAGCAGGUGCUUGGGGCGGCCGCUCCGGACAGAGGCGGCACGUCCAGGUAUUCGGCGGCAAUUCGGCAGAUGGUCCCUCACUCCGCCUGGGAGCGAAGGACCUCCCGCCGAAUUGCUGCCGCAGAUCACGAUUGCGAUCAUGGCUUUUUUGUUUGUUUGUUUGUUUGUUUUUGUUUUGGCUGCUUGGGGCGGCCAAAACCCUGGAGCCGGCCCUGGUCGUGGUGAAAUGAAGUUUGAAAACCGCCGCUUUAAACUCAUCAUUUGAAUGUAUACAAUGUGCAUUACUUACCUGGCAUUAUGUAAAAACACAUACAAUGUUAAAAUAUAUUCCCAAGGGUGGUUUUUGUGUUCAAUAGCCUGCAAUAGACCUGAAGGAGUACUGGAGUAUCAGCAUAAAUGUGCAUUAUAAAUAAUCCAUGUCAGAGAUUCUGGAGACACUAGGGUACCUUAGUACCUAAUUCUUCAUCCCCUUCUUAGUGCCUAAUCCUUCAUCCCCAUUAUCCCCUUAAGAGGUUGUAGAAGUGGCCAAUUACUCAGUCAAUCCAUAUUUGGUUAUGUAUCAAUAUGGCAUAAAACAUCAUAAUGUUUAUAUAGGCACACCUUAAGUCCUACUUAUAUAAUAGCCAUUACUGCCUGUGUGGCAGAAACCCAUUUGUAAAAAUCAAUACUUUGUGGUUUUACUUAAAAAAAGAAAAAGAGACAGAUUCUUAGAUAGUGUAAAUUAAUCUAGCUCUGUUUAAGUCAAAGGAGCUACUUUGAUUUACAUAUCUGAGGAUCUGGCUCAUAAAAUAAAUCGGUCUCAUUGGAAACCCAGUCUGGUUUCCAUUGAAAUUAAUGAUAGUUUUGUUAUUAACUUCAGUGGGAGAAGGUGCAGGCCAUAGUGAUGGCAAUUUGGUGCAGGAUCUGAAAACGUAUGUAAAAGAAUCCAAUAAAGAAACCCAAAAUUGUUUCAGGGCUAUUAGGGACUGAUCACAGCCUAUUAAAGUAAACCCGAGUCUUUCCAUUGACUACAAUGGAUUUUGCAUUAGGCCCUUAAAGAACAAAAAAUAUGUAACAACAGGGAAUGUCUACCAAUUAAAAGUGGUUAAAUAGACUCUAGCUACAACAGUCAGAAAAAGAAACAGAAUACCAUGGCUGGCAUAUAACACCUUUUAGAUUGGGCUGAAUUGUUAUGAUUGAAGUAGGGAUUUUAAUGGAAGUGCUGUCACAAUCACAACUACAGUAGCACAAACAGUACCCUUGUAAAAUGCUGUAUUAGUUUGAAACAUUUACAAGCAUAAGGGCUGAUCCUGCGGCUACUGAUGUCAGUGACAAUUUCUACAUUGACUUCAAUGGGAACAGGGUCAGAGCCAUAUUCUUUAUUGGGCCAGAGAAAGUUAUUUAAAUGUUUUAAAUACUUACAUGCUUUUUUUUUUAUUAUUUCCUACAGUGUCAUGAAUGACAUUAUGGAUUCUUGAAUGUAAAUCUAAUAAGCUGGUUGGUUUUAAAAAAGUAUAUGUUUAUUAUUGUUCAAUAAAUCCCCUAUAAACCAG